AUGGCGGUGAUGGCGAAUCUCGCUAACACCAUGGAAGCUAAUGCUGCUGCGACUCUGCAAGCAGUGCAGAGAUUGGGCCAACCGACUGGGAAUGGCAACGAAAAUGAGAAUGGCGAAGGGAAUACCAAUGAUAAUGCUGAGGGUAACGGCGAUAACACAGGAGGAGUUCCGAUGACCUUGGCGACGUUCCUCAAGGUUCAUCCGCCAACUUUCCGAGGAUCCACAGAUCCUAUUGAAGCGGACCACUGGUUCCAAGCUAUGGAGCGUGCUUUACAGGCGCAGCAUGUUCCUCUCAAUCAAUAUGUAGAGUUUGCCGCUUAUCAGCUAACGGGAGAGGCCCAGCCCUGGUGGCAAGCUGAGUGUCAUUUGCUACAGCUUCAGAACACCAACAUUCCAUGGGAGGUGUUCCAAAUGGCUUUCUACAAGAAAUACUUUUCUGAGUUUGCAAGGGAAGCAAAGGAGAUGGAGCUAAUGCAGCUGAAGCAAGGUUCCAUGUCUGUGGCAGAGUACACCAACAAGUUCGAAGAGCUUUGUAGGUUUUCUCGGGUAUGUCAGGGUGACCCAGAGACUUUCGAGAGCUGGAGGUGCAUUAAGUACCAAAGGGGCUUGAAGGACAACAUUAUGACUGCUGUAGCUCCUAUGAAGAUCCGUGUCUUCUCCGACUUGGUGAACAAAGCAAGGGUAGUGGAGGAGUAUGCCAAGACAGUGGCGACAUCUAAGGACACUCAUGGAGGGAGCUCUAGUCGUGGGCAUGGCAAGUAUUUUCAUCCUAGAGGACAAAGCUUCAAAAGAGGGGGAUAUACUCCUCAAGGCCAAGGGGGCUUCAGAAAGAACAAUCAGAAUCAGUUUCAGUAUGCUAAAGGAAGAGGAAAUCAAAGUAAGAGUUCUCUGGAUUUAGCUUGUGAUCGUUGUGGACGUUUUCACCCUUAUGACUCAUGUAAGAUUGGUUUAGGUGGUUGCUUCAAGUGUGGGUUACCUGGCCACAUUGCGAGGGAUUGCUCUCGUGGGAGGAAUCAGAAUUCGGGCCAGAGUCAGCAUCAAGGUCGAGUCUUUGCUGUGAAUGCCAAGGAUGCUUCCAAGGCGGAUCCUUUGAUGAAAGGUAUAUGUCUAAUUGGUGAUAAAUCCUUAGUUGCAUUAUAUGAUACUGGAGCUUCGCAUUCGUUUAUUUCAUUUGCUAAAGUUGAGGAAUUAGGCUUGAAAGUAUCAGAGUUACCUUUUGAUCUACAUGCACAUACUCCGCAUUAA